GAAGCUGGACGCCCUGUGCCGCCACCAGGUGCACCAGGGAGUCUGCAUGGAGGUGAGCCCGCUGCGGCCCCGGCCCUGGACCGAGGCUGGGGAGGCGAGGCCAGGAGAUGACCCCCAGCAGCUGUGGCUCGUCCUCGAGAGGCUCCAGGAUCCGCGGAAUCUCGGGGCCGUGCUGCGCUCCGCUCACUUCCUCGGAGUGGACCAGGUCAUCACCAGCCGCAGAAACAGCUGCCCGCUCACUCCGGUAGUCAGCAAGGCCAGCGCGGGGGCUAUGGAGGUGAUGGACAUAUUCUUCACCGAUGACCUGGGCGGAUUUUUACAGGCCAAAGCCCGGCAGGGCUGGCUCGUGGCUGGCACGGUGGGCUGCUCGGGGCCUGAGAUUUCCGGAUCCUCUGAGAUCCCCAUCACUAGUUGCUUGGAGUUCCUCUGGGACCAGCCUACUCUCCUAGUGCUGGGGAAUGAGGGCUCUGGCCUGUCCCCAGAGGUGCAAGCCUCCUGCCAGCUCCUCCUCACCAUCCUGCCUGGCCGGCAGCUGCCUCCUGGACUGGAAUCCUUGAAUGUCUCCGUGGCUGCAGGAAUUCUUCUUCACUCCAUUUGCAGCCAGAGGAAGGGUUUUCCUGAAGACGGGAAGAGAGGGCAACAUCUCCGAGACCCCCAAGAACCCUCAGCCACGGCUGAAGGGCCCAGAUUGCCUCAGCACCCAGGACUGCCCUCAGGAUCAGAAAGAGAGAGGCAAGAUGGGGGCUGACUUGAACUGUUCAAGAUGUGUAUGUGCUGGAGGGCAGGGGAUAGGUGGCCCACGCAUCCACACGGUGAAGUGUUGGAAUCUGUUACUUGAGUGUGCACCAGGCUCUGUUCAGUAAUCGCUGUCUUGGGAAGCGGGGAGCUUUGCGGUGGAGACCGGAAGAAGUCCCGUUUCCUGUUUUGAGUUUGCACUUGCAGUUGGAGAUGGUAGCCUGUUAAUUUCUAGGAUGUGCUAGUUGAGAGGGUCUGUUUCCUCCCAGGUCCUGCCUGGAUAUCAAGGGGAAGUCUAAACAUCAGAAGGGAGUUGGGCAGCACAGUCCAGGGAUUCUAUUCCUUCGAACCAGUGUGAGAAUGUAGAGGGAGCCAAGAGCUCUUUGUGGGCCAGACAGGUGCAAAUCCAGGCUCACACCCUGCCCCACUGCGGGGCCUUGAGCACCGACUUCAUCUUUAUAUGCCUCAGAGCCCUUGUUGGCACCUCCCUCUCAGGGCUGUUGAGAGGCUCAAAUAAAACCUCAACUGGUGGGCCAUUCUGUUCGUUUCAUCCAUUAGGUGGCAGCCUUGCUCUUUAGUCCACAGUCUUUUCGGGAAGCUCUUGCAGUCAUCUGGGGAGAUCCCUGGCCUUGGCCUCCAAGAGGCAAGGGAAAAGUUAGCAAACACCUCCCACCCCACUGGUCCUCAAGUCCCCCUUACUGGUGAGUCAGCAGUUAGUCCACCUACACGGAAGGAACCAAUGAAGCCUGGCCUUUGAUUCUGGGAGGUGGCAAGGAUAGGGUUGCUGGUUGUUAUCGGGACCGAUUUGGUACUUGUCCCUCAGGGUCCCACAGAUGGAACAGAGGCCACAGGUGUAAGUAGUUUAGAAUAGUCUGGCCUGCACAUUGGAACCAUCUGGGAAGCUUUAAGAAUCAACUGACACUGGGACCGAUCCCCAGAGUCUGAUGUAGUUGGUCAGGGUACAGCUGGGCAUCAGGAUUUGUAAAGCUUCCCCCUUUCCCACCGCACGUGUUAUGUGCAGCCCAGGCUGAGAACCUGGAGCAGGGUUUGUCAAUCUCAGCGCUGUUAACAUUCUGGGCUGGAUAAUUCUCUGUUGUGGGGACUGUGCUGUGCAUUGUAGGAUGUUUAGCAGCACCCCUGGCCUCUACCUACCAGAUGCCAGUAGCAGCCCCCUUCCUCCAG